AUGGCGUGUUUGCUGCGGAGCGGUGUGUUUGCAACCGUCCGUUGCGCUGGCCUAGCUUUGCAGCAGGUGAACAGAAGCAUUCUCGCAGUGCCUUGUAAACAGUCGAUCAGAAGACAUCUCCACACCUCUGCUGCAAAUAGACAUGGCGAUUACGAGUGGCAGGAGCCAAAGUCGCCAGAAGACGUUGUGAAUGUAACGUAUGUAGACAGAGAUGGCGAAGAGAUCAAUGUCAAGGGAAAAGUUGGAGAUAACUGCCUAUAUUUAGCCCAUCGCCAUGAUAUUGACCUUGAAGGUGCUUGUGAGGCGUCCCUGGCCUGCUCUACAUGCCACGUCUACGUGGAGAAUGGCUUCUUCGAUAAACUAGAAGAGCCCAAAGAGGAGGAGGAGGACAUGCUGGAUCUUGCCCCGUUCCUCCAGGAGAAUUCACGGUUAGGAUGCCAAAUUACACUGACGAAAGAGUUAGAAGGGCUGAAGCUUGUACUGCCACGUGCCACACGUAACUUUUAUGUCGAUGGGCAUGUUCCUAAGCCACAUUGA